AUGUCCAACCAGCCCAUCCAAAACCAUCAUGAAGGGGCCUACAUGUCCCUGAUAAAAGGUUUAAGAGAGUUGGACCUCUGUGGCCCCUGUGUUCCCAGUAACCUGGUGCUAACUGGAGACCAUGCUUUUCCAUUAGCAAUGAACAGUAAAGGCCAGGCCCCGAUGGCGGCCUCCCUGUAUGGCAGUGGAAGGAUUGUGGUCCUGGGUCAUGAGGGCUACCUGACCGCCUUUCCUGCUCUGGUAGAGAACGCUCUGAUCUGGCUGAGAGGAGAUGGAUCUGAAAACCUGUCUGUGGGGGUCCAACUAAACAGCAAGGCAGUUGCUGAUAACUUGAGCAAAUCCAGCUUUGAUUUCAAAGUUGUGGCGGCCUUCAGUGACAAACUGGGGGUUGGUGUGUAUGUGACGGACGCCUACAGUGUGGGUGCAGACAUGAAUGAGGUGGUGGCAUUUCUGAAAAGUGGAGGAGGAGUGCUGAUAGCGGGACAGGCCUGGAGCUGGGCUGCAGAUCACCCUAAAGAGAAUGUUUUUCUUCAGUUUGAAGGAAAUAAGGUUUCUGGUGUGGCAGGGAUCUACUUUUCUGAGCAUCACGGUGAGGUAGAGUGCCUGCCUGUCCACCCUCAGAUCCCAUCUUCCUGGAUGGCUGUAGUUAUCGGCAAGGAUUUUGAUGAUGACCUGGAGCUCUUGCUCCAUGGGGUGUCAGAGUUUGACCUCCAAGAUGCGAUAUGCUCUGACAUUCUAGUCCAUGGUCCGCUAGCCUUCCCUAUUGGUACCACUGAGGACGGACGAGCGUUUUUGGCAGGAGCCUACUAUGGACAGGGACGAGUCAUUGUGAUAUCACAUGAAGGACUUCUGAAACGAGAGACACUGGCUCCAUUUUGGAACAAUGCCAUUCACUGGUUGGACAAAGGCCGGAAGGGGGAAGUUGGUAUACUUCCAGAUCUUGGUCAAGUGUUCAACCUUUACAGCAAGUUAGAGUUUAACUGUAAGAGAACACACUUCAGGAAAGACCUGAGUGUAUUUGUGUGUACAGCAUACAAUGAUCAUCAUGCAGAGGAAAUCCAAGACUUUGUGGCAGAGGGAGGUGGCCUCCUGAUUGGUGGACAUGCCUGGUACUGGGCGCAGACACACCAGGGACAAAACCCAAUGACAGACUUCCCAGGAAACAAGAUCCUGAACAAAAUGGGCCUGAGCCUGCAUGAGAAGAUACUUGAUGAAGGUUCCUACAAGGCCCCAAUGCCCAGCCAAGUCGUCAAAGACAGCUACCAUUUCCGCAAUUUUCUCCACCGCUUUGCUGGUCAUGUGACCCAGGGGUACGAACUAACAGAGCAUGAGGAAAAAUGCUUUAAAAGAUUUAGUGGGGACUGUACCAGAUACUUGCAUAUGAAGGCGCAUGACUGCUCCUCCUAUGCGCAGGUCCUGUCCACCCUCACUGACAUUUUGAAGUUGGGCAUGCCACAGGUGUGUGACAGCUGCCCAGUGAAGAGUCCCAAAGACCACCUGCUUCUUCGUGUAGGGGUAGAGGUAUACAAGGUAUGCCCUGAUCCUGAUGCCCUCAUGCCCUACCUCAUCAAGCACAAUCCUUUGAUGCCAGUUGUCUACAACCACAGAGUCAAGAUUGAUGUUCGCACAGCAGGAGGGGAGGAGUGGAUUAGUACAGGUCUCUAUCUCUCUCCUGGUAUGAAGACCUACAUGGCCAUGCCAAAAGAGAUCGUCAAACAAGGAUGGAAGAUCCAGAUAGGCUGUCACACUGACUACCUGAAUGCUGGAGAGUUGAAGAGAGCACCGUGUGUUCACGAGCAAUUUCCUGUAACCUCAGAGAUGAUGCAGGUGUGGAACCUGUGGGGGGGACUCAUCUACCUGGUAGCUCCACCCAAAACACAAGUGGACGGGGUAGAGGUCAUAGUACAGAUGGCUGUACCUGCGCCUUACUAUAAAUCUGGUGUGACAACACCAGCUGACUGGUCGUUGCUGCGCACUGCUCCUUCACCUUGGGCAGAGUUGGAGUUUGAAAACAUCAUCCUCACUGUACCAUCAGAUGCUGUUCGGAGCUUAGAUCGUCCUGAUGAGUUGGCGACAUUCUGGGAUGAGAUCAUGAGAGGCAUCGCUGACCUGGCUGUCAAACCACACAAAUUUCCUCGCAAAGAACGUUUUGUAACUGAUGUUCAGAUUUCCUAUGGUUGGAUGCAUGCAGGCUAUCCUAUCAUGGCACACAAAGGCACAGCAGUUGAACUGGUCAACAAGGACCAUGCUAGAAAAAGUGGUCUGUGGGGACCCAUCCAUGAACUGGGACACAACCAACAGAGAGACUGCUGGGAAUUCCCAUCACAUACCACUGAGUGUACCUGCAACCUGUGGUCUGUGUAUGUGCAUGAGGAGGUGCUGGGAAUCAACAGGGCAAAGGCUCAUGAAGCUAUGACUGUAGCAAAUCGAAAUCAACGAGCAGACAAGUAUGCAAAAGAGGGCAAGAAACUCAGCAACUGGCAAGUGUGGGUGGCCCUUGAGACAUACAUGCAGCUCCAGGAAAAGUUUGGCUGGGAUGCCUUUAAAAAGGUGUUUGCCGCCUACCACAAGAUGAGCAGCUUCCCUAGUAAAAACAAAGAAAAAAUGAACCUGUAUGCUGAGACUUUCUCCCAGGCUGUGGAGAUGAACCUGUGUGGAUUCUUUAAGUCCUGGGGCUGGCCCAUUGAAAGAGCCACUCAGGAGAAACUCUCCAAACUGCCUCCCUGGAGCGACCACCCCAUGGUCCAGUAUGACUGAGCUACUUCAGACUGCGCUAAAUGAAAGCGUAGAGAGAUGGGUUCAAUUACAUG